AGUUGUUGUGAAACUAAAAACUCCCGCUAAACGCUGUUAUGAAGCCUGGACUAUAAACGAAGUACAGAAAGCCUUUAUGAAGGCUAGCAGUUGACUGUAACUUCCUUUGCCGUGAUGAAGUUGUAUAACCGGGGAGCGCUGAUGCUGGUGACCACGGCGUUAUCCUUCAUAGCGUUCAGCCUGAUGACCAUCGCAGUGGGAACGGACUACUGGCUGUACUCCCGGGGCGUCUGCCGGUCCAAGACGUCGCUCCAUGACAACGAGACCAUCCGCAAGAACGAGGUGGUGAUGACGCACUCCGGGCUCUGGCGCACCUGUUGUCUCGAAGGGACGUUCAGAGGGGUGUGUAAAGAAAUUGAUUAUUUCCUCGAGGAUGCAGACUAUGAACAGGAUGCUGCGGAAUACCUACUGAGAGCAGUGAGAGCCUCCAGUAUAUUCCCCAUAAUGAGUGUAGGUCUGUUGUUUCUGGGAGGAGUGUGUGUGGCCGGCAGCGAGUUCUACAAGACACAACACAACGUCAUGCUUAGCGCCGGGAUACUGUUCGUCUCCGCAGGCCUCAGUAACAUCAUUGGCAUCAUCGUCUACAUCUCGGCUAACUCUGGUGACCCGGGUCAGAGCGACAGUAAGAAGAGUUACUCCUACGGCUGGUCCUUCUACUUCGGGGCGUUGUCCUUCAUCUUGGCUGAGAUGGUGGGUGUUCUGACAGUUCACGUCUUCAUAGAACGCCACCGCCAGCUCCGUACCCGCGGCCGCCGCUCCCUCACCAAACCCCCUCUGUUCCGCUCCGCGUCCUACUACAGCCGUUACAACCGCUACAGACGCCGCUCUAGUUACCGCGGCAACGUGGACUCUCGUCACUCGAUAUCGUCGGCGGGGCAGCUGCGACCUCGUGACCCCUCGCCGUUGCCAGCGGCCUUGUCCGUGUCAAAGGUUGUCGCUGCGGGGCCAGCGGGGUCAGAGUUCACCCUGUUCACGUUGGCCCCACACAAACUAACCCCGCCCAACAACAAGAUGGCAGCCGCCACAGGAGGAGGAGGGGUGGAUGUCGCGAGGAGCGUUUUCCUGUCACCACUGACAAGCAAGCCCAACAACAAGGAAAUGUUGCCUAGCAAUGCUGCCAACAGGAGGACAACACCUGUCUGA